AUGGAUGACCCAGAAUCGAGAGCCAUAGAAAACAUCCACGGCCACCUGAAGGAAUGCCUGGACAGAAACAACUGCAAGGUCGACCCGGCGGGGGGACAAAGAAACAUAAAGGACGUCUCGCUGAUACACAGCUCGUUAAAAAAGUAUCUCGUGCGACUAGCCAACAUAAACAAUUUCAUCAAGCAGGAAAAUUACUUUUUGCGGAAAAAGAAUGAGCAGCUAGUUAAAAGGUGCAGCGAAAGGGGUGCGCUCGGUUUUUACAAAAAUGGAGAAGGGACUCACAGGGUGGACAGCACAAAUGGGAGGCACGGAGCACACGGAACGCAUACCAACUGCAUGAGCGAAAUCCACAAGCUGAGUGACGAAAACGAGUUUAUCAAACACAAAUACGAACAAAUGCUGCGGCAAAACGCCUCGCUGCAAGUAAACAACGCCCAACUGAACAAUACGCUGCUAAACAGGGACACACAUGAGCCACACACAAAUGGGGGAAACAGAAAAGUGAAAGUAGAAAAUGGGUUCCUGAGGGAAAGCCCCAACCAGAUGUUGCCACAUCAAGAGGGGGGGCGAAACAUGGUGGGAAGAAGAAAUGAAAAGGACGGGAAAACCCAACGAGCUGAAAUAAACUACAUAAUGUUUGAAGAAAGAGUAAGUAGAAUCCUCAAGUGUGCAAAAAUUCUGGAAGACAUCCUAGCCACCCUUAACAGCAAUUUGAAAUAUGACCAGCCGCUUUUGUUCCAAAGGAAGAUGGACAUGAUGGAGGUAGAAAAAAAAGAACUAAAAAAACAGAACGAUUUUUUAAAAGAAAAAAUUAUACAAAUAGAAACCUUCAUUUUGAAUGAUCCCUUUUUAGUAGAAAAGUUUAAUUUUUUCGACGAUUCGAAUUGCUUCAAUUUUGACCCCUCGGUAAGGGAUAACCUCAAGCUGUACCAAAAUAAUAGCCUAAAAAUGAUGUACCAGAAUUUGCGCUGCUUGGAAAGCACAAAUGAGGACCUGAAACAGCAGUUAUCAAGUGAAAAAAAAAAAUCGCAUAUUUACAAAACGUAUAUGUAUCACAUGAGAGAGAAGUUAAAGGAUGACCUAAAUGAACUCUUCAGAUUGAAUGGAGAGACAAAUGUGAACUACCAUAAUUUGAAUCGAUGCGCCGAUUCGAUUCGCCAUUUUUGUGAAAAGGGGAGUUCACCCCCUGGGAACGUGUUCUACCAUGAUUUAAUUAAUGAGGAAGAAAAAGAGGCCUCAAGGAAGGAACACCCAAAAUGUGACAACUACCUGUCGGACGUGAGCACACCAAAUUUUUACCGCAUGUUUAAAAUGAAUAGCUCCAAAAUUGACCAUAACGAGCAGUUGUUAACCCACACGUGGAACCGGAUUAGGGAGCUGGGCCGGGACGCCGCUUUCUUCGAGAAGAGGAAAUAUGAACAGAUCUGCAGACAAGACGAACACGAUGCCGGUCAGGAAGAGCUCGAAGAUGACAUGCAAAAUGAAGUGUACUACUUUAGAAUAAAAAAAUUAAUAAGCAUGAGGAAGAAGGAACUGGAUGGAAUGUUACAAUCGGGAGGGCGUCAACUGGCUAGCCAAAAAAAAAAAGAGGACAUCAAAUUGAAGAAUGACUUGUAUUUAAGUCGUGUGGAACAUAAGGAGGCACUACGCGAAUGGCUAAGAAGGCAGGAAAAAAAACUGCACACAGGUGAUAAUCCGAGGAAUGGCCCCCAUAGGGAUUCCCCCCUCUAUGGGGGCGAAAAUAUUGACCAAUUCAAUCGCUACAUCAAGCGGAAAAUCAUCUACCAGUUUGUAAAAUACAAACACAUCUACGAGUAUUUCUUACAAAAUAAAAGUGCAUGCAAAAAACAGAUAAGCAAAGAGAAAUUUAUUAAUUUUUUUAAUAAGCACAUUUUGAAUUUCCAAAAUGGUGCCACUGCACAGAGGAGUAAUGUAGGGAAUCCUGGCGAUGCUGAAAGGAGAGUCACUAUAUCAUGCCAGAAGGGGAAAAAAUCCCAUAAAGAUGAGGCCGAGGAAAAAAGGGGAAGUGCUUAUGUGGAGGAGGACAGCACUCAGUAUCAUGACGUUACAUUAGAGGACCGUGCAAGGCGGGGCAGUCACCAUUCUGAGGAGAGCACCCUGAGGAGUGAUCACCCCGGUGAGAAGCGGGCCGAAGCCGCAGGGGGGAAGCAGCGGGAAAGACAGCGAGAAAUGGACAAGGAGAAGCAGAAGCAGCGGGAAAGACAGCGGGAAAUGGAAAAGGAGAAGCAGAGGGAAAUAAAAGCAGAGCAGGAGAAGCAGCGGAAAAUGGAGGAGAAGCAGAGGAAAAUAAAAGCAGAAAUGGAGAAGAUGAAGCAGAAGAAAAUGGAGAAAAAAAGGCAGAGGAAAAUGGAGAGAGAGAAACAAAGGGAGGAGGAACGAGCGCGCAAAAUGCAAGCUGAGCGGGCGCUCCAAGUGGACGCAGACCCACCCGCCACUAAGGAUCAAGCCGACGAAGAGAUCCCAAACCAACGCGAGCUCGAAAUCGAACCGAGUGAUAACAGCCAAGGGGAAAAAACGAAGAAAGGAAAUUUUAAAAAAAAUGACGAACUGUCAGAAAAAUUCUACAUGCGAGCAGAGCACCCCAGGAGACAUGACUCCUCCCUAGAGGUGUUAAUAAAUACUAUUAAAAAUAUAAACAAAAAGAAAAUAGAGAAAAAUAUGACCAGUAAAGGGGCGAAAGGAUUGUUAUCCCCGGCCCAUUCGAAGGAUGAAACGGGAAGAAAUAGCCUUAAUGGGGAGUCUCCUCAAAAGGAGAGAAGAGCAUCGAAUUUGUGUAAAAAGGGUAGCAGCCAAGGCAGCGUAGAGCCCAUCCAGUUGAGUAAUUCAUUGGGUGUAGAACCCACCGAAGGGGAAGCUAACCAGAGUGAAGGAGGAGCAAGUGAUCGUGAAGCAGUUAGUCUAGGCCACGCCGAAUCGGGUGCUGCCAGCUUACUUAAUGCGGAAGACAGGAAAGAGGAGCAAUUUUUUAACUUGUCAAGUGAACCGGAGGACACCAAUCGGGGUGGACGCGAAAUCCACUUAGGUGCCGCGGCGGACGCGGCGGAGGUUCCAUUACGGCGAAGCGUUAGGGGCAAGACUAUCCUCGGCGGAUCGGUCGCCCUAGACGAAAUUAAGAGGAUAAACACCAUGAGGGGUGCGGGCGCGUCAGAAUUGAUACAGCCGGAGGGGGAUGCCCAGAUGGGAGAUGGCGAAAGUGGACGGGGGAAAGGUAGCAAUGAGGAGCUACGAGAUGACAUUCAGGAGGAGCCUAAUGAAGACUGCGGCCGAGAUGGGCUCCCCGAAUAUGUUGAUCAGGGUGGACCCCUCAAAAAUGUUGACCCGGGUGAACCCCCCAAAGAUAGCCAUCCAAAUGAACCCCCCCAAGAGGGCGAAACCACACACAGUAACCGCGCAACCGGCAAGAGGGAGAAGCCCCCCCCUAAACGCGUCCACAACGAGAACUUCCUCGAAUCGGGGAGCGAAUACUCCGAACAAGACCUCUUCGACAACAACAAAUAUGCGAAUGUAAAAAUAGAGGCGUUCAGGCAAAUGCUUCAUCUGCGGGAUAAAAACGUGUACACCUUCUUCAUGAACCUUAUAGUGCAUAGCAAGAUUAACCUAGUGAGGGAUUACAAAAAUAAAGUUUUCAACGCGAAGGUAGGGGCGGGGGAUAUAUUAGAGUAUCUUUUAGAGAAUUACUCCCAAGGGGAGAAGUGUGCGGCCAAUGGGGAAGAGAGAAAAGGAGGUACAAAACACACCAAAGAAUACCUAAGCGAGGUGGAAUUGAAACACAUUAACGAGUACAUAUGCAACAAUAGUAAUAGCUCCUCCCUAAAAACACUGUACCAUAAGAUCCUCUUUUUGAAUAAAGAAAACUACGAAAGUUUUAAAGGCCGUCUGCUAGAAGGUGGGGUUAUAAACCUAAUCAACCUUUUCCACGAUGAAGACUUAAACAACUUUGAUAAAAUUUUCGACGUUUCUUUUGUUAACUUCUGCGACAUUGUGGGGAUUUCCAAAGACACAUGCACCUACCAUUUUAACCUCAUGGAUAGGAACUACAAAGGGAAGAGGUACAUUUAUUUGAAGCACAUUUUUCGCUACCUGGAGGUGGAACAAAACAUGAAAGAGCAGUUACACAGGUGUAACUUCAUUUCCAUGCAGAAAAAAAAUUUAAUUUAUAUUCAUAUCAGUGAGUCUUUCCAUAACUUGAGUAAUUUUUUCAAAUCUGUGGAGAAGAAGAAUAAGUUGUAUGUAAGUCUGAACGAGUUUCUUUAUUUCUUUUCCGAAAAUGAGAAAAUGGGGACGCACUGCUACUCCCAGGAGGAUGUAACGAGCCUGUACUACUCCAUCCUCUUUUAUGUGUACUACACGAAUAAGAACAAGGUGUUGCAGACGUUGCAAUUUUGGGGGGAAGAAAAUGACCCUCAAAAUGACCCUCAAAAUGAUCCGCAGAAGAUGGCCCCAACUGGGCAAAGUUUCCAUGACGAGAAAGAGCCACCCAGGGCACCCCCCCCCGUUGGUGUAAACCCACUUGUUGGCCAAACUCGAGAAAACAGAUUAACCCCGGACGAUGGGUACAAUUAUGUUAAUUACAAUUUGUCCCUCUACAAGGAGUAUUUCUCCCUGGACGAUUUCAAUUUUGCCAUCGAGCUGAAGGACCUUUACUUCUACUUCGAGGGUUCCGAGUGCCCCUUUUCCAAAAUAAAACGGAGGAUUGUGGAGAUUUACGGAUCAGUGAAAAGGGGGCUCCUAAUCAACCACGAGACUUGCAACAGCGAGAGGGAUGGAGACGACACGAGCAGCUCCCAGAGCGAUCAGGAGGAGGCGCCGGACCUGGACGUGGACCUGCAGCUGGACUCCUUCCAGCUGUUCACGCGGAACAGGUACAGGUAUAGGCACUGCGACCGGGUUUGCUUCCACGAGCGGGCGGCGAGGCAGGGGAAACAGGGGAACGCCGCAGAAGUGGGAAAGGCAGCGAAGGGGGGAAGAGUGCGUAUGGACGCCGAACCGGACUCGCUGGACCAGGCGGGCUCAGUCCCCCCAAUCAGCAAGAAAACCUUCAUGUGCCUGAUGUACAACAUAGGGAUACACGUGAACCACUGCCUGGCCCUGUGGAGGAGCUUCGCCCCCUUUCUGGAGUACGACCGGCUGGACUACAAAAUAUUCUGCGGGUUCUUAAACGGGAAAAUAACCACAUCGAGCCACGAGACGGAGGAAGGCAUAAAAAAAAUUAAAAGCAAACUAAUAAACACCAAGGAGGAGAAGGAAGCGGACUCCACGUGCAGCUACCAAAACAGGCUGGGGGGAACCAUCUGCUCUCGCCUACUAAACAGCCUAAGUGAAAAGGACUCAACUCAGUCGCUCACGGUAGACGAAAUAGAGGUCCUCGCGCAGGUGCUGAAUCACGUCAUCCCGUUUAACUUUUUGGACAAAAAUGAGAAAAAAAAUUUCAUACAAAAGUUAAAAAAGAAGUGUUUUAAAAAGGGCCACGAUUUUGUGUCCCUAGGGGGUGGAGGAGCACACGAAGGGGAAGUGAAAGAGGAUAGCGCAAGCGGGGCAACGCCGGGAAGUGCCUACCAGAACAACUCCAUCGUUAUCCUUUUGAACGGAAUUUUAAGGCACACCACGGAGCCCAACUCCUUCAUAAACAGCAUCAACGUGAUCGACAGGGCCAACGUGCGCGCCUACACAGCACACACAAAUGUCGCCGUGAUUGAGGUAAAUAAGGAGCUGUACACGAGCGACUUUGUAAAGCUAGUGGAACAAAAAAGAAACAUUUCGGAAGAGUUCAUGAGCAUUAUCGAUGACGUACCCAUCUUUAGAAAUUUCCCAGACGCCUUGAAAAAUAGCCUUUCCAUGAAUGUUCAAAAGUGUAAAUAUGAAAAAAAAAAAGUUAUCAUAAGACAGCAUGACGAUCCCACCCAUUUUUACAUACUGAAAGAGGGGGAAAUACACUUCUACUGUAACAGUGUGAUGAGCACCCCGGUGAGGGUCAUUUCGGGGUGCUCGUUUUUUGGGGAGGUGGCUCUCAUAUUUAACACGCUAAGAACGUGCGACGCGGUGGUCGAGUCGGAUGAAGCUCACUGCUACUGCAUUUCCAGGGAGUACUUCCUCUCCCUGUUGAAUAAGCAAAUUGUGAAGGAAUUCGUGGAAUACUUCCGGGCCAAUUACACGGAGGGCAUUCAGCACAUCGUUAAGAAUUACUCAAGUGGGGACAUCGCAGCGGGUAUGGCAGCGGGAGGGGAGGCGCUUCAGGAUAACCAUGCAGGGAAUCGCCCCAGAGGAGCAAACGCCCUGCAGGAGUUCCCCCCCGAUGGAGACGAACUGCUACUUGAGGUCCAACGGUCCAGUUCGAGAAAAGACACAAACCAGCUCUCCUCAGUUAGCAGCCUCAAUAGAGACUUCUCCUCAGUAACCCUCUCAGGAGACAACAUCACGGUGGACGUGGAAUACAUCAACCAAAGCAAUAUAAGCUCAUUCUACAGCGACUUGGAUAAAAUCCUGCUGAAAAUAUUCAACACAGAACAGAAGUACUUUGUGGAAGAAAUGGAGUCCCACUUGAUGAAAGUUAAGGUACUGAAAAGGGUUCUACACAAAAUGAAGGAUAAAGAAACGUUCCUUAAGCAUCUCAAGUGGGAAAAAUGCCCCAAGGGAAAGCACAUCAUAUUGGAAGGAGAUUCCUUCGACAAAUUUUACUUCGUUAAAGAGGGAGAAAUAUCCGUACAGCAAUUUAAUCAGUACAAAAAUGUGUAUGAGGAAAUUUCCAGAGUUCGGAAGAAUCAGUAUUUUGGCCAUCAGCUAAUUUUGAGUAGGAUAAAAUCCUCCUUCAUUGCGGUGGCCUUCCAAGACACAGAACUGUACACGUUAGAGGCGUCCUCCUAUGAGCAGUUCCUCGCCCCCUUUAUAGACACGCUUAACCAAUCAAAUGAUAUUAACCACACAGAUGAGCUAACAGAGAGUAUAAACAACCACGCGAUGGUGAAGAGGGACAACGAAUUUGUAAUAAAAGUUAUAAGCAUUCUAAAGAAGGUAAGUGUGCUUCAGAAUUUAAAUGACGACCAGCUGUACAAUGGUGCCAAACAUUUCAAUUUUAAAUUUUUCAGAAAAGGAGCAACCAUAAUAAGGCACAACGAUACCCCUGACCACUUUUACGUAAUCAAAAAGGGAAUCGUUUCUGUUAAGGUGGACAACAAAGAGGUGGUAAAUGUCCCUCAUCAUAUGAACAAUCUACAUAGUGAGGAUAACCACCAAGGGGAAGAAUCCUCACGUAGAGGGGGAAGAACCAAAUCGGUGUACCUGUACAAGUAUGACUACUUUGGAGAGCUAUCCAUCAUAAAUAAUCAGCUGAGGACUGCCACCUGUGAGGCUCACACGAAUUGCUUCCUACUAGCCAUUGACAAGGCAUCCUUCAUUGACCACUUUGGGGUAAUAUUCAAUGAACUCCUACAAGAAGCUGAUGUGAGGUACACGAAAAAUUACAGCCUGCCGCCGUGGCUCAAGUGCAUGUAUGGCAAUGGUGAGUUUAACGAGGGCAUGCACUCCGUGUCGAUGAAGAUCCCCGAACUGGGGAGCUCCGUCAGCAGCAUUUCGGACGAUAGCAACGAGAGGUUCAGCUUCGAGAGGGAGAUAAAGGCGAAGCUGAAGAGGGAGCGGAGGAAGAGGCCAAGCGGUCGCAACGAAGAAGACGAGCACGACGAGCGCGGCGAAGAUGACGGAAACGCGGAUGACCACCCCCCUGCGCAAAGCGAACACGAAGACACGAUUAGCAAAAUUAAGGAGGAGAAGAGGCAGAAAAUACAAGAAAUUAAGCUGAACGAGCUCAAGGUGUUCGAGCGGAUAAAGCGGAAGGAGGAGAGAAAAAUCAAGGCCCUCAUGAAGAAAAAGGGAGUGCUCCUCCCAGGAAAGAGCGCAAAGGAAAACCUAAACGCCGCUCAACUUAGUGGCAAUAUGGGGGAUGACCAAGGAGAGGGGGCCCCCCCCCCGGAGGAAGCCAAAAUGGUAGCCAUAAACGAAUCAAAGAGGGAGGAAAAUCAAAACGAUUCAAAAGAUAUGCAACCACCUUCCAUGCAACAGAAAUCGUCCAGCAUUUUAAAAAAAAAGAUCAGUCCGUCGAACUCGUCUGAGCUGAAGGUAGGCAAAAUGGUGAAGAAGCUCCUGGGGGUUAUCUCCUCAGAGUAUAAUUCCAUUUUUCAUUUUUACGAAUGCAUAGACAAGUUCAACACUGGGUACAUAAAAUACAACGACUUCUCAAAUUUUAUCGUUUCCCAAAAUCUGGAAGAGCUAUUCGAAGGAAAAGACAAUUUGGAAAGUUUGUUCAAGUACCUCUGUGAUGGGAAGGGCAUCUUAACAUUAACACACUUUUACAAAAGUGUAUACAGAGAGAAAGACGUCGACAUGUACGCGCUGAAUUUACUCCUCUGCGAAGUGUACGGAAGCAGUCUCACCGCGUUUAAGAAGAUAGUUACUGAGUUCAACACACAAGAGGAUUCUCUUUGCAGCUUUGCCAGCUUCGAACUGGUUUGUGAUACCGUAGGGUUGAACGAGACGAAUGUAAAAACCAUCUGGGAGGAAAUUAACCCAACGAAUGAGGAGCAGAUUCCACUAGAAGUUUUACUUACCAUUCUGAAUGGAGAGCUUUUCGUGGAACAGGCCUACGUGGCCUACAACGAGAAAAAGUCCCUGCUAAAUCAGGUGGUUCACUUUUUCCAAGGCAAUGAAGAAGACCUCACAAAAAUGAGUACCCAAGUCGUGGAAACGAAUUUUAAAAUAAUUUAUGAAGAGCCAAUAAUCAUCAACAAGGGUCACCACAAGUCCUGUUCUAAUGAAUGCCAACAGGUGGUAAAUCUGUUGGAGUUAGAUCCCCAUUUUAAGUACUUAACUUUGGACCAGAGAAAAUUCUUUGCAACUUUAAUGAAUCGGAAGGUCAUGAACAUGGGAGAUGUACUAACCAACCAAGGGGAUGAUGAUGCGCCUAUUUUAUUUCUCUACCAAGGGACUGCCAACAUUAUUAGCCACAACAUUUUUGGAAUUGAAACGGUCAUUAGGGAGAUUCAAAAUGAUGAGUUGUACGGCUGCUAUGAAGCUAUUCAAGGGACACCGGCAGAUUAUCAAGUAAAAAUAUCCUCUGAAAAUGCUAUCGUUUGGAUUUUAGACAGAGCAUCCUAUAAUGAUCACUUAAAAGAUAUGCUAGAAGAAAGAAAACAAAACUGCUCUCACAUUUUUGCCUUACUCAAAAAUGUACCCAUUCUGAGAUACCUCCCAGAGGAAACCCUCCACAAUAUUUCCUACGCCAUGAAGGUGGAGCAUCACCAACCUAACCAUACCAUCAUAAAGGAAAACACACAUGAUGAUAAGUUUUACAUCCUAUGUAAAGGUCUCGCAACAGUUGAAAAAAACUCAGAAAUUAAUAAAAACAGACUUAUUCUGGCCACCCUUCGGAGGGCAGAUUACUUUGGAGAAAUGGCCUUAAUAAAAAAUAUCAAACGAACUGCCAACGUCGUUUUGGACACGGAGACCAUUUUGCUCUCUCUUGUCGAUUUGGAAUUCCACAGAUUGUUAACACCCUACUUUGAUCAAUUUUUAAGCAGGGCUAAAGCGAAUUAUAAGAAGUUGCACUUGGGUAUUGAACUGGUGCCCGCCGAAAUUGCCAGCAUUAGCAGCAACCCUAACAUUGGGAACGCCGCCUCCGGGAGGGGCGCGCGGAAAAAGGUGACCAUACAAGGGUUUGACGAGGGCGACAGCCCGGUGGAGGAUCCGCGGGGCAGGAAAAAGGGCGGCGUCAGCUUUGUGCAAUCCGCAGAGGAGGCACCACUGGGGGAGGAAGCAACCCAGGAGAGCAGUAACACUCACCAGGGGGAUGGCAAAAAGGGAGCUCACAACAAACGCACUGGAAAGGCCAAAGAUAAGGGGCUCAGUAAAACCAAGAAGGGGAAAGAGCACAGCUUGCAGGGCGAAGGAGCAGAAGGCACUGAAAAGAAACGAGAGAAAAAAAAAGGUGCACACAGGUGA